CAUGCUGUUGAGUUUCCGCUUUCAUGUGUUUUUCAGUCGAACAGUCAUUCAGAAUGGAUUUUACUUUGAAAGGAAAACCCGGAAGUAAACGGUGUUCAAAGCAGCAGCUUGACGUCAGAGCAGUUGUGUUCCAGGAAAGUGAGCAGAACUCCACCGGUGUGAAAUGUGUCCUACGUUUUACGGGAAGCCGUCCCCGUGACGGUGCGGACCGGGACGCACGCCGGCCAGAAUGAACCGGAAGUUCUGAAGCCUUCCUUUGUGUCUCCCGUCCCGGUGAGUGGCGCUCAGCGGGGCAGAGCGUCCCCCAGUACCGUCUUUGUUUCAUUCCAGCCGGGCCUUGCCGAUGCGUUCCGUUCCGAGUAAAAACGUGAUGCGGAACUCCGUCUAGUGUAACGCGCGUUACUCUCGCCGCUUCAGAACCGGACAAAGUUCGUCUUUGGCUCCCGGAAUCGUUAUGACACCGUACUAGAUCCGGAAUGGACGAGGCAGAAGAACGUUGUGCUUUUCGGUGUUUUUGUUCGCCGUUGUUGCUUAAUAACGUGAUUGUUGUGCUUCUGCCAAAUCAUGCCUCAUUUAACUGUAAAAGUUAGCUUUAUGUCGGGAUAAAGUCACUUUCUGAACUGAAACGUUUAGCCGAAUCAAUGCGCGGUGAUUUGUCCGCAUAGAAAGACAUUAGAGUCCGUCAUUUAGAGCCUUAAAUGCGACUUUUAACGCGUUUUCUUAAAGUUCUGAACAAACGAAGCGGGGUUCGGUGUUAGCUUGAACCCACUGGACUAGCAUGCUAAUAGCAGGUUCGUUAAAGCUAACUUUGUCAGCGUGGAUCAAAAAGUUAUGUGCUUUAAUUUUAUCUAUUUUCAUAAAUCUUCCCUUUAAGACCUUCUUAAAGUCGACUUACAUUGGGGACAAAAUCCUUUUUUAUCGGUUUAUCGAUGGUCAAGUCCGCGUCAGCUGCCUAAGUCAGCGCUAUGAAUGCUGGGAUUGAAGUUUAAUCAAACCGCCGCUUUGAUUUAAUUGAGCACAAAAAUAUGAAAACACGAGAGAGAGAAGAUGAACUCCGCUAAGAAAGUUUUCGACGCGACCGUAAGUGUGACGGGACCGUGAUCCUGAGUGGGUUGGUCGGUGGGUUUGCCUGUCGAAGGUCAUGUCUGUUAACGGGAACCACGUUAGAUGACGUCCAGAUGACGGCGCUCCCCCCACCCCCCAGAGCUGAGCCUUCAGAGACCUCCUCCAGGAUGUGGGAGCCCAGAGGAGCGGGCCGUCCUGACCUGGACCCCGGUGAACGCUCAGUGAUGGAUCAGCCAUCUGGGUGCCUAGCUGAGGUACAGCUUCAGGAUGUGUCCCCCUCUGACACCCCCCCUGGGAUCAACCUGACCGGGAAGGGGGAGGAGAACCCCCUUGGCUCCACCGCUCUGGAUGCUCUGCAGCUGGUCAGGGGCUCCAGUUGGUACCCAAACACCAGCGGUCCCGGAUCGCCGUUCUCAGACAGCAGCUCUUCAGAACCUGCCAUUCAAUCAAGAGAUCAGAGCCAACCAGACGAAGCCUUCUCCCAGACCACAGUCACCCUCUCCUACAUGAGCAGGUCUCAUGUGUUCUCCAGGAGCGACUCCACGUCUCAGCAUUCACCUUUGUACAGCAUCCCGCCUGUCGGCAAGCUCUCCCGUGACCCUCGCUGUGGCUCUGAAAGUCACCUCAGGAUCACCGAUUGUUCUCAGGAGCAGGUUGAAGAGCCUGGUGACCUUCCAGCACAGAAAGAAGGCGUGUUGCCUCAGGUUCCAGCGGAACACGUGUGCAGGGCAGGGGGACGCGUGACGCAGCGCUGUCUUCAGCUCAAUGGUGAUGGAUUUGCAAAGAAGUCUGUAGCAGAUGUGGAGAAGCAGCACUGCCACCUUCUGAAGGACAGCAGGAGUCUGGAGAACGGAGAGCCUGGCGGCAGGUUGCUCUCUGAAGGACAGUCCUCUCCGGAGACUCUGACCUCCGUCAUAGCAGAGAGGGAGGAGACCGGCGGCUGUGAGGCGCCCCUCUUUUCUGUGGUUGUGUCAGAGAUCACCGAUGCUCAGAACUCGUGCAGAGACUUUAGGAGUCCUUUGGAAGACCCCAUUUCCCCGUCCUCUACCUCACUGGAUGGAGUGGAGGACGUAUUUGUCCUCCCUCAGGCCUCCCGUUCACCCAGUUCUGACAGUUCCCACCUAGAGAAUGCUAAGGGGGGGGCGUGUGAUGCCUGGAGCGCCGGCAUCAGUGACGCCACCACGGGGCUGGACUCGAGUGACAAUGAUCAGCCAGCACACAGACCGGAACCUGAUUUUAGAGUCAGGAACUCUGAAAACCACCAGGAUCCUGUCGUCCCACACGCUUUUGAACAGGAACCCCCAGCGCCCGCCGGGGCGGGGGUGCAGCUGGAGACAAGGAUCAUGAGCAGAAGCUCACCUCCAUCCAACAUAUCAGGAUGCACUCUCAGCACUCAGGACAACAGCGCCCCCUGCUCCGCUUCACACCGUUCAGCCGUAAGUCGUCCCGAAUUCAACCCCAUCCCCGAAAGAGAGAGCACCUCCACCCUGAAACGGACGAACAAGGGCAGAUCCACUAAUGGUGACUCUACCUCUGACUCUGAACUCCAGACAAAAGCCCGGAAGCAUCCUCAGGUGAAGAAAGCCAUCGUCCCCCUACGGCCCCGUACCGUCCGGUCCAGGAGGAAACCGUCCUCGCUAUCCGGCCUCGAGGCUGCUGCCCACAGGACCGUCGCAGGAGCCCCCCAACCGCCUUCCCAGGCUGGGGUCCCAGCGGAAAUCACUGUGCCGAGUCUUUCCUCACCACCACUUCAGUCAGAGUCUCCAAAGAACCAAGACAAAACCAAAAGCAGGGAGCCCCCCGCCCCUGGCAAGGCAAAAGGGGCCCGCACUCCAAAACGGAGGCGAAGGAAAGCAAAACCAAGCAAUCCCUCCUCCAUGUUUGCCCCCAAGGAGCCUGAGAUCAAGCUGAGGUACGUCAGCUUCAAAGAGGAGAAGAAGGAGUCAAAGGUGGACUUUUUCUCUCCCUUCAUCCGAGUGGAGCGAAAUCCGUCGCCGCCGCCGCUCUGCUCAGUCAUCAACUACCCAGAGGAGGUGCAGGCGCAGCAGAAGCUGCAGCCCAACAGCCGCAGCUUCGUCUCUGCGGUCGUACCCAGCACUUCCUGUCUUUACAUGGGUCGGCCGUCCAACCACAGCCAGCACCGGCGAGCCUUCAUCUGCUGCCUGUGUGGACAGCCGGCCAACGCCAUGGACCUGGGAGACCUGCACGGACCGUAUUACCCGGAAGGGCUCAGACCAAGUACCAAAACAGCCGCCAGCACCUCAGCUGUCAAGGAGGAAGAGGAGGACUUCAGUGAAUCAGACUCCUCCUCGUUCAGCAGGAGGAAGUCUGUGGCUCCACACACAGCCUGGUCUGUCAGGAACCAGCUAAGGCAGAACAUGGAGAGCCGCCGGCGGGUUGGCGGUGCCACCAACAGCCCUGCAGCUAAGCAGGCCAUAUUAGUGGCUGGUUCUUCCGAAUCGCAGGACUGGUUCAGCCCCCCCAUCGUGCCCCAGGAGCCUUGUGAAUACUGGCUCCACGAGGACUGCAGCGUCUGGUCCGCCGGCGUGUUCCUGGUCAAAGGCAGAGUCUACGGGCUGGAGGAGGCCGUCAAAGCUGCCCAUGAGACGGUGUGUUCAGGGUGUCAGCGUUCCGGUGCGACUCUGGGCUGCGUCUUCAAAGGCUGUCCCAACAAGUACCACUACAGGUGUGCUCUGGAGUCAGGGUGUGCGCUCAUCGAAGAAAACUUCUCCAUGAAGUGUAAAAAGCACAAGAACAAGACGCUCAAAGCUCCUCAGUGGGGCAGGAGGUGACGCCAGUGGGGCUUGCUUAACGCAGCUUUGUGGGGCGUUCUCCUGUAACCAUGGCAACAGCACGCCGUGUUUUCCUGACUGACAACCAUCACCCACAGACCUUAAGAGGAGGCUGACGCCAAAGGCGUCUGCCAGCUCUCCGCUGCAGCACCGUUGGAUUCCUCGUCUGCUUAUUUAUAUGAAAUCAUUUUUUUAGUCAGAAAUUACAAUCAGAUGUUUAAUUUUGUAAAGAUUUUCUAAUUGAUUCUAUUCAGUUAAUUUAUUCUGGAGUUUAUUUGCUUCUUGGGCUGUUGACAAAGAGUUUAAGGAUGGUGUGAGAGUGAAGGUGUGUUUAGGAGUUCCUCUUUUGUUUCCAACCAUAACCCCUUUGGGGUCGUCUGUUUUAUCCCAAAUAUCAAAUUCACGCGAGUUUCCUGCUGGAAGUGCUUUCGAAUGUGUCAGACCACCUUAAGAGGCUGGUCAGACCGCCUUAAGAGGCUGGUCAGACCGCCUUAAGAGGCUGGUCAGACCACCUUAGGAGGCUGGUCAGACCGCCUUAACAGACUGGUCAGACCGCCUUAAGAGGCUGGUCAGACCGCCUUAGGAGGCUGGUCAGACCGCCUUAGGAGGCUGGUCAGACCGCCUUAACAGACUGGUCAGACCACCUUAAGAGGCUGGUCAGACCGCCUUAAGUGGCUGGUCAGACCGCCUUAACAGACUGGUCAGACCACCUUAAGAGGCUGGUCAGACCGCCUUAACAGACUGGUCAGACCGCCUUAACAGACUGGUCAGACCACCUUAAGAGGCUGGUCAGACCGCCUUAAGUGGCUGGUCAGACCGCCUUAGGAGGCUGGUCAGACCGCCUUAAGAGGCUGGUCAGACCGCCUUAGGAGGCUGGUCAGACCGCCUUAACAGACUGGUCAGACCACCUUAAGAGGCUGGUCAGACCGCCUUAACAGACUGGUCAGACCACCUUAAGAGGCUGGUCAGACCGCCUUAACAGACUGGUCAGACCACCUUAAGAGGCUGGUCAGACCGCCUUAAGUGGCUGGUCAGACCGCCUUAGGAGGCUGGUCAGACCGCCUUAAGAGGCUGGUCAGACCGCCUUAAGAGGCUGGUCAGACCGCCUUAGGAGGCUGGUCAGACCGCCUUAGGAGGCUGGUCAGACCACCUUAAGAGGCUGGUCAGACCGCCUUAAGUGGCUGGUCAGACCGCCUUAACAGACUGGUCAGACCACCUUAAGAGGCUGGUCAGACCGCCUUAACAGACUGGUCAGACCACCUUAAGAGGCUGGUCAGACCACCUUAAGAGGCUGGUCAGACCACCUUAAGAGGCUGGUCAGACCGCCUUAAGUGGCUGGUCAGACCGCCUUAGGAGGCUGGUCAGACCACCUUAAGAGGCUGGUCAGACCGCCUUAACAGACUGGUCAGACCACCUUAAGAGGCUGGUCAGACCGCCUUAAGUGGCUGGUCAGACCGCCUUAGGAGGCUGGUCAGACCGCCUUAACAGACUGGUCAGACCGCCUUAAGAGGCUGGUCAGACCGCCUUAGGAGGCUGGUCAGACCGCCUUAACAGACUGGUCAGACCGCCUUAAGAGGCUGGUCAGACCGCCUUAAGUGGCUGAUCAGACCGCCUUAAGAGGCUGGUCAGACCGCCUUAAGAGGCUGGUCAGACCGCCUUAAGAGACUUCUUGCGGCUCCAGCUUCAGGCCGAGCAGGUGACCGUGUUGUGUUCAGAUGUCGGUGAGUUACUGUGAGGCCUUCAGGUGUUGGUUGUUCUGGUUUUGUCUGCGUUGGGUUUGGACCUGGACUCUCACAGGAACAGCAGCUGGAUGGAUGAGCGUUCCUGAUGGCGUCCUCGUGACUGACGACUGUUGCUCUUCCCCACGCCGCACGCACUUACAGGCUCGUCAGCUUCGGGGACCCUGCUCUGUGUUUGGGUUGUUCCGAGGGCGGUGUUGGGACUAGCAGCGAGGCCCAGGGUCAGCGUGACCCAGGGGUCAGCAUGUCCCAGGGUCAGCGAGGCCCAGGGGUCGGGGAGCUGAGGCCUCGCCGUUUGUGGUGUUGGUGCCAUCCCUGUGCGACAUGUUGACCUACGAUUGUGUUUGUUUUGCGUCUUCAUCACAUGUUGUGUGUUCAUCUCAGGACGGGUGUUUUCAUGCUGCAGCUUUUUCCUUCUUGUCGACAUUCCAGCCUUUUCCCGCCGUCUGCGGACAGGAAGUGCCGCCUCCUCGUCUGUAGCGUCUUUCACCUCUUUGAGGUUUUGUAAAUUAAACUGUUUUUGCUGUUUGGUUUCAGAUCUGCUCUUUUUGCGUCUUUGUUUUUUUCCACAUGAAUCUCCAAAAAGCGACAUAAAGUGGUGUUUUGGGUUGAAUCUGCUUUUUCAUCAGAACCGUUCUGGAGUCCUGCGGUUCUGUCCAAUCCGUCCCUCUGGAUAUUGGACUGAAACAUUCAGGACACACCCUGCGUGUGCGGCGGCGCGUGUUCACACUGACCGAACCGCUGUUCAUGUCAACCCCCCCAUGUUUACAUGAAUUCAUUUAUCAUUAGGAAUAAAUGGACGUUUCAUUUGA